AUGGGGAAAAGUAUACAUGAAGAAGAGAUUAUAGAGUCACACGAUAUACAGAGAUCUCCAUCAAAGACCGCCAAAGAACAAUAUAUUCAAAAUGAAAUAGAAUACACAGAUUCAUAUGAAAUAAAUGAAAAAAAUUCAGAAUCAAAUGAACAUACCGAAUCUACUGGUGGUUCAUCAAUUAUGAACAUGUUUAGAAAAUGGGGUAGAUAUCUUAAUGUUGAAACAAGAGGUAUUGAAAAAGUUCCAAUUGAAGAAAAAAAAGAUACUUCAUUAUUGAUUCCAUUCACUAUUUUUUUUUCACCACAAAUGGCGGUUAGUGCAUUAAGUACUGGAUCAUUAGCUCCAAUAAUGGGUUUAGAUUUUAGAACUGCUGUAUUAUGUUCUAUCUUUUGUACUUUUAUUGGUGGUGCUGUUGUUGGUGUUGUUUGUUUAUUUGGUUUAAAAACUGGUCUUAGACAACAAAUUGCUUCAAGAUAUUUGACAGGAAAUGUUAUGGGUAGAAUUUUUGCAUUUUUUAACGUCAUCAGUUGUAUAGGUUGGAACGCUUUAAAUAUUAUUCCAGCAGCUCAAUUACUUAAUUCAGUAAAUCAUGGAUUUAAACCAUGGUUAGCUUGUCUUGUAUUAGUUUUAAUUAUAUGUUUUUUAACAGUUUUAGGUUAUAAGGCAGUUCAUUAUUAUGAGAGAUAUGCAUGGAUUCCAACAUUAGUUGUUUAUAUUGUUAUAAUUGCAAGAUUUACUCAAUCUCAUACUUUUGAAUGGGGUAAUAUGAGUCAAACUACAGCAAGAGGAGUAUUGGGAUAUAUUGUUGUUGCUAUAUCUUUUACAAUGGGUUGGGCUCCAAGUGCUUCUGAUUAUUUAGUAUAUUUUGAUCCAAAUAUUAGUGCUUUCAAAGUUGCAACAGCAAUGACUUUAGGAUUAUCUAUUCCAGCAAUUAUCUCAUGUAUUUUAGGAGCAGCUGUUACAACAUGUAUUUAUACACCAGGACGUUUUCAAGAUGCUUUCAAUUCAAACUCAUUUGGUGGAUUAUUAUAUGAAAUAAUAGUUGGAGAAAGUAAUAAUAGUGGUUAUAAAUUUUUAGUUGUUGUAUUAGCUUUAUCUGCAGUUCAAAAUAAUUUAAGUGGUGGUUAUUCACUUUCAUUAGCUGCUCAAUGUAUAUCACAAAGAAUUUUUCAAAGAAUUCCAAGAGUUUUAUUAUGUAUAAUUGGGAAUUUAAUAUCAUUAGCUUUUUCAAUCCCAGCUUAUUACGUAUUUGAAUCAGCUAUGGCUAAUUUUCUUUCAAUUAUUGGAUAUAAUUCAUCAAUUUAUAUAGGAAUAAUAUCAGCAGAACAUAUAAUUUUUAGAAAAUGUAAUUUUAAUAAUUAUAAUAUUGAUGAUUUUAAUGAUAAAAAAAGUUAUGGUAUAUCAUUAGCUGGAAUAUUUGCAUUUGCUUGUGGUGUUGGCUCAACUGUUGUAUUUAUGGAUCAAACUUGGUAUUCUGGUGUAUUUGCUCAACAUGUUGGUGAUAUUUCUUUAGAAAUGAAUAUUGCUAUAUCUUUUUUGGCUUAUUGUUUGACUAGACCAAUUGAAUUGAAGUACAUAGGUAGAUAA